AUGGCUUCCGUCGGCUCUCCGCCUGCCCGCCCCGAACUCCUAAUGGCAGUUCGUAACGAGCGCAACAAGCCCGCCGUCUUCCGGUCUCUCCUCGUCAUCCGUCUCCUCAACGCCUGGUGGGUCCUCACCUUUUUCCAGCCGGACGAGUACUUUCAGGCCCUUGAGCCCGCCUGGCGCAUGGCCUUUGGCGAGGGCAGCGGUGCAUGGAUUACUUGGGAAUGGAGAAACCAGCUCCGCUCCUCCCUGCAUCCCGCCCUCUUCGCCGCCGUCUACUACCUGGCAGACCUAAUCGCCCGCCCGCUCCCCUUCGCCAGGCCAUGGCUUCUACUCGCCGCCCCAAAGGCCGCUCAGGCCGUCUUUGCCGCGGCCGGUGACUGGUACACCUGGCAGCUGGCUGUCAAGAUCUACGGCGCCGAUAGCUCCGUCUCAUGGUUUGCUCUGUUCAUGAGCAUGUUCAGCCCGUUCCAAUGGUACUGCUCGACAAGAACAUUUUCCAACUCGCUUGAGACUGCCCUCACCAUCAUGGCCCUCAACUAUUGGCCAUGGGAGCUCCUCGGCGAUGCCAAGGCCGAGAAGGAGAACCCCAGGCCUGCGAAAUCUAUUUUGCACACACCAGGAACCCUAAUGAGCCUUCGUUUCUCCCUCAUCCUUGCUGCAGUCGCAGUCCUCCUUCGUCCAACCAACAUCCUCAUCUGGGCAACAGUAGCAACCGCGACGUUGAUCCGGCCCCUCAUCACCCGGCACUCCGUUCUCACGGCGCAGGCUGUGCUCAUCCUCAUCCGUGAGGCUCUCCUCUGCGGCGUCCUGGUACUCUCCGCCUCCCUCACCUCGGAUCGUCUCUACUUCGGCGAGUGGACCUUCCCGCCCUAUAGGUUCCUCUACUUCAACCUGUCCCAGUCCCUUGCCGUCUUCUACGGCCGCAACGACUGGCACUACUACCUCUCGCAAGGCCUGCCUCUCCUGUCUAUCGCCUAUCUCCCCUUCGUCCUCAUCGCUCUCUACCGCCCGCCGUCGACACCCUCCAAAAUUCGCACACAGACUCUCAAGACUCUAUCAUGGACGGUCUACGUCGUGAUCGCGACGCUUUCCCUGGUCUCCCACAAGGAAGUCCGCUUCAUCUACCCCCUCCUCCCGAUUCUUCACGUUCUGGCCGCCGCGCCCCUGACGGGCUUCUUCACCUCCCCUGCCCCGAGACCGACCUCCAAGUCCCCGCUUCCGAAACCGCGACUCCGGCACAAGCGCCUUCUGACAUCCGCCCUGGCCCUCCACGCCCUCCUGUCCUUCUUCCUGACUCUGCUCCACCAACCAGCCCCCCUGACGGUUCUUACCUUCCUCCGCAACUCCUACUCCCGUCUCCAUCCCGCCACCUCCGCUUUGUCCGUCCCCACCAACUCCUCGUCGGAAGAACUGUUUGCCUUCUUCCUCACCCCGUGCCACUCGACACCCUGGCGCUCCCACCUCAUCCAUCCGACCCUCCGCGCCCGGGCCCUGACCUGCGAGCCGCCCAUCCACACGGCCCCCAACACCCCAGAACGCAUCGGUUACCGAGACGAAGCGGACCGUUUCUACGACGACCCCCAGCUGUUCCUGUCCACAGAGCUGUGGUCCACAGGUGACACGGAGACGGACAGCCCCGUCGCGGACGAGAACGCGUCCUCCGCACCGCUAGCGGCUGCCGAGGACAUGCCCCGCUACAUUGUCGGCUUCGAGGGCAUCGAGCCCUGGCUCCUCGACUUCUUCGACGGACCCCACGGCCAGCGAUUCGGCGUCCGCCCGAGGCGAGUCUGGCAGGGCUGGAACGGCUUCUUCAACGAGGACCCCCGGCGGCGAGGGAAACUUGUCGUCUGGGAUACGGGGCUGUAUGCCACCGUGUCCUAG